AUGGUUCACGCCGACGCUUCCAACUUUGCUGCCAACGUCACCAAGGAAGAGGCCUACCAGCAGGUUCUCGACCAAGCUGAAGGUCUGUUCUAUGAGCAGAGGAACUGGGUUUGCAAUUUGUCCAACUGCGCUGCCCUUCUCUGGCACGCUUUCAAGUCUCUUCCGGCUCCGAGCAACCAGGUCAACUGGGCUGGCUUCUACACCCUCAACCACCCCUCCACCACCGAACUCAUUCUAGGCCCUUUUCAAGGUAAAGUAGCCUGCCAAACCAUUGCCUUCGGCAGGGGCGUAUGCGGUGCCGCAGCCGCCACCAAGACCACUCAGCUCGUUCCCGACGUCGACGCCUUUCCCGGCCACAUCGCCUGCGACGGCGACAGCAAGAGCGAGAUUGUGGUUCCCAUUGUUGUAGAUGAUAGGGUGGUGGCUAUCAUCGAUGUGGACUGUGCGGAGCUGAACGGGUUCGAUGAGGUCGAUAAGGUGUGGUUGGAGAAGUUGGCGGAUUUGGUGGGCAGGAGCUGUGACUGGCCUUGA